AUGGUUGUGACUUAUCUGAUGGACAUGUCUCCUGCUGUACUCCUGUCCCUCACAGCCCUCCAUCCAGGUAGUGCCAGUUUGAGAGCCACUACUUGGGAAGUGUCCAGAGGAGAACAGCAAGAUAAUAGAAAGAAGAUGAAGGAAAUGGAUAUAAUUGGAGGCUCGUACUUUAUAGGAAACAGCCAAAAGAAGAAGAAGAGAAACAAGUAUGGAGCAGGUGACACAGCAGCCUGCCUCAGUGCUUCAGUGCCUCACCAUGGCCUGCAUCUGCACUUGCUGCUGCUAAUGCUGCUGCUCCAUUAUGAGGAAGGACUACAGCUCAGACCCCUUGAUGCCACUGCCACUGCUGCUGCUGCUGUACCCGUCCCCCUAAGCUGCUACGAUCCAGACCUGCUGGGAGGAAUGCUGCAAGGAUUUGGACAGGACAGCAGGAUUUAUGGCACAACACAAGUCAAGUUAACAAAUCAAGGAAGAAGAGUGUCACAAGAAGAAGAAGAAGAAGAAGAAGAAGAAAGUGAAAAAGAUGACACUGGGAUGGACGUCAGUGGGUUUAGUGUCACUGGAGUUUACCAUUUUCUGGCCAGGCCAUCCCACCAUGAAGGAACUCCUGGUGGAACUCAGGGAAAGGUUUGGAAGUUUCCAUUGUGAACUGAUCGGGUUUUUCAAGUCUUCUCCAAGUGGUGACAGGAAGCACAGAUGCAGUGUUGAUUUGCUUCCAAGAGGUAGCAGAGUUUCUGUGGCUGAUUUGCACUGGUUCACUCCAACUGUGGUAAGUUCACCACUGGUUCAUCUCAACUGUGGAUAUAAGUUCAGGUAUGUCUUGUGUUGUCUCCUUUGGAUGUAUGGCAGUCUGUGUCUUAAGAAGUACCAAAAAAGAUAGGGAGUUUCUCAUGAAUACCUUAAGAGAUAAAGAGACACAGUGGGAUUAACUGUGUGUGAGCAAGUGCAAUAAUGAUUUUAUAAUAAUUAAUGAUAUAGCUCUAUUGAUAUUUUUGUCCAUGUAGUUAUCCAUAUUAAUUCUUUGUCAUUGUGGAAUUCCAGAGUGCAACAAACUCGCUGCCACAAGACUACAAGGAUUCCAGAGAGAACAAGAUUGGUUGACACAAGACUACAGUAACUUCUUCAUUUCCAUCCAUUGCAUCAAUUUUGUCUCAUGUCACUUUGUUGCUUGGCAUCCCAAAAUCCCUAAAUCAUAUAUUUCUUGUUAAAAAUAACUUCUCUUAUCUAAAGCGUUCAUUCAUUAUUACUCUUAUCUAAAGCCUUCAUUCAUUAUUAUUUUUAUGAAGAAUAUAAUUGGAUUUAUGAGCCUAAUAGGUAGGGCUUCUUGUAAGUAAGUCCCUAGUCCAGUGGCCUUUGUACUGUUGGAAGUGUCUGUACAGUGGAGUCACCUUUCCUGUUUACAUGGCAGGAGAUUCUACUGCACAUAAGCUGGCUGGCUGGGCCUUCCUCAAUAGUAAGUAUAAAGGGGACUUGACCAGGGACUUGGUGGAAGGGGCCCUUCCUAUUACCACAACGGAAUCUGUUUAGCCUUCUUAGGAUACUGGUUGAGACUAGUAUCAACAAUAUCAUUUCCAAGUCCCACUCUCAUCCCAUCAUCUUCACACAUCCACCCUCAAGCAGAAGUUGGUGGAUACACCAGAGUGUAGAGGAGGUAGAGUACACUAUACCUCCUCUAAUCUAUACUCUACCAUAUAUAUACUCUAUACUUUAGAGUAGAUGGAUAGUGGAGGAGGAGGUGGUGGUAUACUGUAUAUAGUAUGAGUAGAUGGAUAGUAGGUGGGGAGGAGGAAUAUACUGCAGUGUGAUGGAUAGUAGGUGGGGAAGUAGUAGUAGUAUAGAGUAGAUGGAUAGUAUUAGGUGGGGGUAAUGUGGUUGGUUGGUGUAUGGAGUAGGUGGGUAAUGUGGCCGGUUGGGAGUUUUUGUAGGGGCGUUAAAUUUGGUAUUGGUAUUAAUUAUCAAAUGGGGUAGGGGUAGGUCGUGUUGGUAUAUAGUAUAAGGUGUAGGUGCCAGGGGGUUAGUUGGGUGUGUCACCCCUAUACCUUGGGGUUAUACAGGUGCCAGAUGUUUUAUUUUAUAGUUGGGUGUGCUAUAUAUGGGAAGUACUUUGGGGUGUCCCUGUCUGCUUCCCAUAAAGAAUUUUUAAAUUUAUUGUGUUGACCUAGUAUUUGUGGGAGUUUAGAAAAAAAAAAUUUGGAGGCAGUAUUGAUUUAAUGAAAAUAUUUAAUUUUACACAAGUGUAGUAGUAAGUAGUGUUGUAACUAAAGUACUUAUCUUCUUAGACGAUUAUUACAUCGUCCUUUUAAUUAAAUUAAUCGUCUGAUUUAUCAGAUAAUGUU